UCCAUUACAGUUGCCGUAAGAAAGGUGGAUAGAGUUAUUUCACAAUUAACGAGCUCUACUGAAAAGCCUUUAUGUUCGAAUUCUUUUGUUCACGGUAAUAUCAUUGGAGAGAUCCCGCAGAGAUCGUUUGGCUGGUCACUGGUUGAUGGACUCCGCCCACCAACUUUUCUCCCCUAAARACCGCACUACGACWGAUUUACUAAACCAAUUGGAUGAUCCCACGGCAAAAAUCAAAGUGCAUAGUGAUGAUUACAUCAUGGAAACUGAGAUUAUAUUGUGUAAUCUGCUGUGAUUCCGAUCCGGCACGUUCACUCACCACUUGCCACAAGACGUUUCUUUAAGGAACAAUUAUGARUCCAUAUUUCAAGACUACAACUCUUUUGUUAUUACUGGUCUUCACAAUAACAGCGCAAAGCACAUCAAUAGAAAAAGAUCCCAACUACCAAGUGGAAUCUGACCCUGAAAAUGAACCAGAGAAAGUGGAAAUAAAAGCCGAACCUUCCGCUUCCUCAAGAGGAGCCCUUGGUCAAGGAUUUCAAAUCAAUAAACAAGAUUUACUAACCAAGCAAUUUAAAGCAACGGGAUCAAAAAUCUUCGAGGACCUUCCAAUCGAAGAAUGUACGAAAAGUGAUAAACUUGGUGCUAUCCAAAAGGAUGACUCAUUCUAUAGCAGUACCGAGUCCCUUUACAAUUCAAUUUCUACCAACACCAAGGUCAGUGGGAGCCUAAAAGGUGCAUACACUCUUGGUGCAUCCGURGARGCCGUCACAAACAACAUUGGUUCAAGUGAAACCAACAUUCAAGGUAUGUCGCUUAAUUUCAGAGCUUAUGGCUUGUCAUCUGCCCUCAAGAAGGACUGCAUUAUCAAUAAACCCUUGGUUAAAGAUCUCGUAAAAGACUUUGAAGCUCUACCUAAGAAAAUUGAACGACCAUGGAAACUAACUUCCUGGAGAAAAUACAGCACAUUUCUGGAAAAGUAUGGAUCCCACUUUGUCAAAGAGUCAAUUUCAGGCUCCAGUAUCUAUCAAUAUGUCUUUGCCAAAUCUGACAAGAAGUUCAGCCAGAAAGAUUUCACUGUCAAGGCUUGCCUGUCAUUAGCUGGUCCAACGCAAGCAGGAAAAGCAGAAGUUUCCGCUUGUUCCGGAGUGACCAAAAAGGACAUCGCGAAAUCCUCCUCACAAUCAAUGACAAAGAAGUUAGUCGUCCGAGGUGGUAAAUCGGAGACACGAGCAGAAUUGACCGGUGAGCUUUCAGCAGAGCAAAUCAACAAGUUUUUGAAGGAAGCCGAAACCGACCCAUCACCUAUUCAAUAUCACUUUUAUCCGAUAUGGACUCUUCUCAAAACCAGAUAUAUUGACGAAAAGGAUCACUACCCCAAAGCAGCUAAUUUGGAGCAGUUUUACAAAGGCUUUCUYCAUUUUGGUUGCGACUACAAACAAACCAGCAACGGUAAAGAAAUCCAGAAAUUCGACCUUGCUGAAGACAGCGACCCAGAAUCCCCAACGUACGUAUGCAAGCUUGGUCCAGAAGGAUGCAAAGUUAACGAUGACUGCCAUUAUGAGCAUGCCUACUGGUGCUCAUGCUCCGGUGAUUCUUGUGUAAAGUACAAAGACACUCAACUCAAGGCUGGAGGGAUCAAGAAAGAGGCUUAUGCUUACAAAGGAAAAGGAUGGGGCUGGCAAGGAUGCAAACUUGGUGGAAUUGGACUUAGCUGCUAUUGUAAAGAGCCAAGGCAGAGCUGGGAGUCAGCCUGGCGAGGAGAAGAUCUCGAUAACGCACUGAGAGAUGUCCACUGGAAGUUGUUGGACAAAAAACGCCGUGAUCAAGCAAAACGCAAUCACCUGCAUUGCUAAGACUAAUUUAUCAAUAUUGAAGCACGAGGAUGUUGCAAAUCAAUGUAAAGUAUAAUGGAAUUGCAUUAUCUGUAAUAAAUUCAAGUUAAGAGCAAAUUAAGUUUAAUGUUCAAUUUCAAAAAUGAAUUU